AUUAAGAGCUCAACCAGCAAUAACAAGCUCAAAAGCAUAGCGAAUCAGUGCACAAGCACAAAUUCAAAGGACAUUUAUUUUUUUUUCACUUGCAUAUUGUUAAUCACUUAAUACUCAAACAUCGAAAAAUAAAUGAAACAAAUCCGUACUCUAUGAUUUAAUAGAUCAACAAAGGAGAAUUCAAAACAAAAUGGAGAAAAAUAAAGAAAAACACAAAACUUAGGGAACCUCAUAUAGUAAAUAGCUGUAUGUAUUCAUACCACUAAUAAUUCAAAGAAAAAUGAAGCAACUAGAAGAAAUGCAAAAGAAGGAAAGAAGAGAAUGGAAGAAAAUGAGAGAAUAAAGAUUGAUUACCUCGAAGUGGUUUCUCCGUCUAUGCAUUUUCGCUCCUGUUCUACUUUGUACAGAUCCAUACUUCAAUUUAUGAUUCAAAAGAAAUAAGAAUCCAGCUCAACACAAAAAAGGAUUUCAACAACCAUUUUACUUGGCUCCCUAUUCCUAGUAAGUGGAAGAUAUGAAUUUUCAGCACUCCUAUUUCUCUACUCUCUCUCCCACUUUCUUUUAUUCAUCUCAACACUUGAUUUUCUCGACUAGAAAUCAAAACUUACCAUUAAUAAGGUAAUGCCAUGACAGAUGAAUCCCUAAGAGUUUGGUUAAUUUCCGUGUAAGAAUUGAAAACCCUCCAUGUGUUUUUGAAUCUAGUCCGGCCAUGGGAUAAACCUUAUUUAUAUUGUGGUCAUUUGUAUUCCUCACAGUUAUUUGCUACCUUGUUUGUUAAUUAAUUGUAAUUAAUAUUUUCUCUACUCUCUUUACCACUCAACAUCUUGAUUUUCCCUACUAGAAAUAAAAUCUAACCAUUAAUAAGGUAAUUCACUCACAGAUGAAGCCACAAGAAUUUGAUUAAUUUCCGUGUAAGAAUUGAAACGCCUCCAAGAGGAUUUGAAUCUAGUCCAAAUCCUGAAUAUGAAAACAGAAAAUAAUGAUUCAAAUCGUUUUGUACCUCUUUGUAUCCUCUUAAAUCCCUUCGUACGACCGUCCAUAUACUUCUUGUAUAGUCUUCAGUCUCUAACUAUAAGUAUACCUAUUACAACUCUCAAAUUCUCAAAUCUCUCUCUACACCUUCCUCAUAAUCAUGGCUUCUUAUAUUAGUUCUUGUUCACCCUUACCUGCUCUAGCCAUUGUCUUCUUCUCCAUUUACCUUUCUACCUUUUCCCAAGUUGAAGCUGGUCAUGGUAAUGGUGGGUUCAGUGUCGAUUUUAUCCACAGGGAUUCAAUGCUCUCUCCUUCUUACGAUCCAUCGGUGACUCAUUUCGAGCGUCUGCAGAAUGCCUUCCGUCGAUCGGUGUCCCGUGUCAAUCAUUUCAAGCAGUCCUUAAUCUCUCCAUCUGAAGUUUCGACGCCGGCUUUCCCUGUCGGUGGAGCAUAUCUCAUGGAAAUAUCAUUUGGUACACCACCUGUGUCAAACCUUGCAAUUGCUGAUACAGGUAGUGAUCUUAUAUGGAUACAAUGCAAGCCUUGUGUACCAUGUUACAAACAAGAUGCUCCUCUAUUUGAUCCUACCAAAUCAUCAACCUAUAAAAACAUAUCAUGCCACACACAAGAAUGUGAUUUGCUAGAAAAUAAUUCAUGUUUAUCUGAUGGUUCUUGUGGGUAUGGUUAUAGUUAUGGAGACACUUCAUUCACUCAGGGUUUUCUUGCUACUGAGACAUUCACAUUGGGUUCCGCUAGUAGUAGUUCAGUCUCCUUACCAAAGAAAAUCUUUGGUUGUGGACAAGACGAUGAAGGCAAAUUUAAUAAGGAAGAAAGUGGUUUAGUUGGCCUAGGAGGUGGUCCUCUAUCACUGAUUUCACAGAUGAAAUCAACUAUUGGUGGUAAGUUCUCCUACUGCUUGGUUCCUUUAGACAAUGCAAAUCCAAAGAGCAAAUUGAAUUUUGGUAGUGAUGCUGUGGUCUCUGGUGAUGGUGUUGUUUCGACUCCGCUAGUGUCGAAACAUCCAGAUACUUACUACUAUGUGACCCUUGAAGGAAUUAGUGUUGGAAAUAAGAGAUUGGCAUACAAGAAGAAGUACUCAAGGAAGGUUAAUGCUGUUGAGGGAAACAUUAUCCUUGAUUCAGGAACAACAUUGACAUUUCUCCCUUCUGAUUUCUAUGAUAAUCUUGUAUCGGAAGUGAAGAAAUCAAUUAAUGCUGAAACUGUUGCUGACCCUAAAGGGCAACUUGGCUUAUGCUACAAAGUUGGUAGUGAUAUCAAUGUUUCAAUCGCUGCCCAUUUUACUGGUGCAGAUGUACAGUUGAAAACCCUGAAUGCUUUUGUUAAGAUAAGUGAUGAAAUUGUUUGCUUUGCCUUUGUACCUGUUAAAGAUGAUAUUGCUAUCUUUGGGAAUAUAGCUCAAAAUGAUUUUUUGGUUGGACAUGAUCUUGAAGCAAGGAAGGUCUACUUCAAGCCAACUGACUGCACCAAGCAAUAGUUUCUUCAGUUGAAGAUUAUAUGGAUAUGAACUCUCUGUUUGUAAUAAUAAUAUUGCCAUUAUUUACCGCUUUAGCGUUAUUAUCUAUUAUGGAUUCUCAAUGAUACUAUUUUCUUAUUUCAUUGAAUUAGUUAGUGUUUUUUUGCUUUGGUUAUUACUUUGAUAAUCAUAUCUUUGAAAAUCUCUCUCUCUCUCUC